CAAUUUCCGUAGUUGUUAGUAAUUUUUCGGGUAGUUCGACAGUGCAGUUUGGGCCAAACCCUCGGUGAAAGCUUUCCUUGAAAGUUUGGGUCGCGUGGGUGCCGCAAGUUAACCCGACACCACACCCACCCCUUUUCGAGGUCACCGUCCACCCACUUUGAAUGUUUUCAAGUCAAAUGCAUGACAACCGAGUCCGCGGAACAGUUGCGUCGCAUUUCGUACUCCUCUGCUGCACAACGGGAAAAAUCCAUAAAUUGAUUGAGGAGUAAGAACCAGGAAGAGGAGCUAAAAAUCCGCUAGAAUGCUGCUGCCCACGGUCCGCUCGGCAUCCGGGGUCGGGUGCAAGUGGAAGUGCUGCUGCCGCCGGAUAUGGGAGUCCCUGAUGUCCCCAAUUUCGCCAAAGAACCUUCGCACCACAGCGCUGUUGACCAGCAUCUAUCAGUUGUUGAUUUCCCAUUGUGCUCUGUUCCUGGUGCUUCUGGGCCUGGCUCAUGCCGAACAGAUGUGCCAUGUCCUGGAACUGGACAUUCUGGACCAGAAGGACAAUGGUUUCUACAACAUGUCCCCGUUCCACAACGACUUGGUUCUCCAAACUGCCGCCCAGCUGGCAGAUGCCACUGAAAAUGUUCUCUAUUUCCUGGCUGGAGUCUCGGGGACCUAUGCCCUGAGUUGCAUUGCCCUGUUCUUUGGAGUCUACAAGAAUCGUCCUGGCCUAAUCAUUCCAUGGCUGGUGGUUGAGUUCCUGAUGAUGGUGGCCCUGGGAGUCUUGGUUUUCAUGCUGAGGGACAUGAAAGUGGUGCAGUUGUUGGGCGGGCAAGUGCCCUACUUUAUCGUCUGCUAUAGCUUGAUCUGCAUGGAUUACUGCAAGUGGUAUGUGAUGCACAGCUUCUACCAGAGCUUGAGAACCAUGAACAAGCUUAGGGAGAUCGCUACAGUGGCCAUUCCCUGCCCAGCUCCUGGGGCAAUACCCUACCAUUUCCAGAGGGAGCACAUGUACCUCGGCAGCAAUGGCUACAAGCACAUCCUAACCGAGUCCCCCGAUGGACAGUGCUAAGCAAACCCAAUGAAUACAAUUAUAUUUUGGAACUUCCCCAUCAGGUGUCUUGAUUGCAACUGCUCUACAGUUUCUGUAUUGCAAAACCGAGUGUGAUAUGGAUAUAGCAGAGAUACUAUUUUAGAUAGCCAAUGGAUCGAGGGGCCUAUUCAAAAUACCUAACAUAUUAAAUAAAAUACAUACUCGUCUAUGUCCCAGAGGCAGUGCCUGGAUGUUGGGAAUAUCGAAUCGACGCAGUCAGCAAUAUCGUUUUGCCGGGAAAUUUAUAAAACUAUUUUUGUGUAGAACUUGGCCAAUAAGGCGGUCUUAUCUCUUAUCGUGUAGUCGGUAAACCGCGU